AUGUCUGGCAUCCCACAAGUUGUUGCGAAGGAGAAUGACGGAGUGCCAUUUCCCUAUCCAAUGCUAAGCCCUCACAAUUAUACUGUGUGGGCAAUAAAGACAGAGGCGGUUCUUGAUGCCCAGGGAGUCUGGGAGGCGGUGGAGCUAGUGGAAGGAGCCCAGUGUGUUCCUGAAGACAUACUUCUCCAGAUUGCAAAAAAGAAGAUGACGAAGGAAGUCUGGGACAGCCUCAAGACGAGGUACCUUGGAAGUGAUCGAGUGAAGAAAGCACGCGUACACACGUUGAAGAGCGAGUUUGACGCCCUCCGGAUGAAGGAGUCUGACACGAUUGAUGAGUUUACUGGCAAACUCAGUGUUAUGAGCAGCAAGUUCUCCGCUCUUGGUGCCACGCUUGAAGAUUCAUCUUUGGUAAAGAAGUUACUCGAUUCUGUCCCUGAUAAGUUCUUCCCUAUUGUUGUCGAUAUUGAGCAGUUUCACGACCUUGAGACGAUACCAUUUGAGGAGACUAUUGGGCGACUAAAGGCGUACGAGGAACGAACAUUACGAUUACGCGGCAACACCAACGACACUGAAGGAGAGCUCCUACUUACUCAUGUCGAAUGGCAAAUGCGACAGAAGGGGAGCAACGUGGACACUUCGUCAGGAGGAAAGGGGUGUGGGUCCAGCAGCCCUAGUCGUGGCAAAUGGCGUGGACGUGGGCGAGGGCGCGGUCAUGGUCGUGGUACGCAACACCAAGACAGUGCAGGAGGGACUAGCGGCAACAACAGUGGCACUCGAGACAAGAGACAUAUAAAGUGUUUCAAUUGCGAGAAAAUGGGGCAUUAUGCGUCUGAAUGCUACAACAAGCGGCGUGAUGAUGAGGCUCACCUCACUUGUGCGUGCCACCAAUGA